CAUAGCUACGAGCCUUGUUAUACGCAUGCAUUCGCAAAUUUGAUAAUAUUCUACACUGUAUAGACAAAAAUGGGUUGUAAAUUCACGAAGGUAAGGGAUCAGCGUUCUCGUGAUGAUGACGGGAAAAUAUCGGAAGUGAUUAGCCAAAGUUCGAGUUUUACGGACUCUAGGACAGAUCUUGAGUGCCACACUGCACCAGCUACCAGGAAAAUUGUGGAGAAAUGUCAGCAGGCUAUGUCGGAGGCAAAUGCACAGGAGGAGGAAGUGUUAAGUCUACAUAUGUACCCUCCCGAUGACAUAGAUGAACAUUCAGAUGCAAUGAGUGUAACAGCCGAAAGUGAAAUGAAUAUAUCUUUCUACAAGGAAGAGAUAAUCUUGGACCGUAGAGGGGACACACCAUUCAGUGAUGUAUCAUCGAUGUCGGAGAUAAGUCAGUUUUCUUCCAGGUUUUCAUCAAGAUUAUCAGACUUCUUCCGGAGGGGAAAACGGAGCAAACUAAGUGCUCAAAGCAAGGUGUCGCUAGAUGGUGACUAUGGGAGAGGAGAUGGAAAUGAAGAUGACUUAUCAUCGAGCGGAUGUGACAGGUCUCCUACUCACUUCAACAAAGACACGAAGAAAGCAGCUCAUGAGAAGGCAUCGGAGCUAAUUGGCAAUGUCCCAGAAGGAGAAGAAAUGCCAGAUCCUGACAUAGAAGACGAUGGUAGGCCAUCCUCCUCCUCAAGCAGCGAAGAUUCCGUUUUCCAUCCACAAUUCAACUGCCGUGUUUUAGCCAGGCCUAAUGCCGCAAGAGGAUCAAGAAACCUUGUGCAAGCCACACCAGAUCCGGCGGAGAUUGCUCACCGUAUCGUAAAGUUUGAGGCAGACGUUGAACAACUUAUUAGUGAACAUGCUUUACCGACCAGGGACUACCAAAACAGACAACUUCGACCAAUGGGAGCACGUGGACCCCGUCUGCCAUCAUAUAGCCUCCGGUUCCAGAAACCGAGAGCAGGUGUGAGUUCCGAGACCGUUUCAGGACGCGGAAUGAUGUACAGCAAACAUUUUGCCAACACCAUGAGUCGCCCCCAGCUGACUGUGAGAGGACUGGCGGCAACAGAUGACUGUCUCACUCAGUGGAUGGUUAGUCAGCAGAGCAGGGAUUACGAACGGUUAUAGAGCGAAGAUGGAGCAAAGGAAUAUUGUAGAGAAGGCAACUGGUCGACGUCACUAAGGUGAAAGCGAGACUGGGUUAUCAGAGUAAUAGUCUGCAACAUGUUGUCAAAACGUUCAUCGAUAUAUGAACAAUGAUGUUGUGACUGUCGAAUGGCGAUGUACAUCGACGAUGACUGGAUGGAUUCCGCCAUGGUGUAAUAGAAAUUGUAAACUCUCUACGAGAAAUACCCCUGUUUUUCAUGGAACUGUCGUUUAUAAUGGGUCAUUGGUUGCUUGAUAUACAUUUUAUUGGUUAACCUUUUACAGGGCCCUGCGCAAGUUUACAGCAUUUCAAAACAAAAUCGUAGAUAACAAACACAUGGUGGCUAAACGUACCCAGGAUAUAUCGAACAUGUAUUGGCAGUUAGAAUGCAGGUAAACAUAAACAUUGAAAGGCCCACAUUAUAAAGUGCAGAUCAGGGGUCAGCAAAUGUAAUACUCAUUAAAAUAAUCGGCAAUCGUCCGCUGAUUUGGUUGACCUUCAGCUACGGGAAAAACAUGAAUUUCUUAGGAGCGCAAUGAUGUGUUUGGUGGAAGGCCUGGUUGAUGAAUAGAUCAGAUCAUUAUAAUAACCGAUGAAAGUUUAAACCGACGCCAGUCAGCAACCCACUGGAAACAUAUAACCUCGUCAAAUGCGCCUGUAUACAAUAGAGAUUAUUCCAUCGCAGAGCAAUCAAUUAAUUGCGAAUGCAAGUUGUAAAAUAUAUUGUGUAUAUAAGUUGACAAUAUAUGGUGUGUAUAUUGCAUAUGAUUUGUAGUGUAUAUAAGUUGUAAAUAAACAUGAUAUUGUAAAUAGAGUCAACGCCCAAAUUUCCUGCGCUUAUGUCUUAUUUCGCCAAUGCCUAAAGUGCUGUAAGUGCCAAAUCAAAUAGGGGUGGAAUAUUUAAUGAUGAUUAUUGUCUCAAUGUUUUAUAUCAUUGAAUGUAUAACACAUGAAUGUUAAUCUAAAAUAAAGUUUAA